ACUUCAAUCAAUAAUAGUAUAAAAUUAUAGAUAGAUAUAGUCCCCACUUGCAUACCCAUUGGAUCAACCAUCCUAAUUCAUAUUCCCAUCAUCACCUUUCAUUUCAUUUGCAAAAACCACCAAUUCCAACAGAAAAACUAAAUACAACAACUUCUACCCAAUUUUUUCAAAACAAAUCACCCACCAUUUUAUCUCCUCCAAUUAUAUUCUACAAAAUCAAAUUGCAAAAAAGAAAAAAAGAAAAAAAUGAACCAAAGAUCCCAAAUUUUGAAGGAAAAUCAUAACACAAAUUCCACUACAUAGCAAUCAACCAAUCAAGAAACAUUCUUGCAAAUCUUUAAUGGAUUCAACACUCACAACUUCAUGCUCUCUUUCUUCACCUAAAGCUUUAGCCUUUCAUCUUUUUCAUAGAUUAAGCCAUAAACCCAACAAGAUUCAUAAAAAACCCACUUUUUUUCUUCUAAUUACCCUACUUUCUCUCUCCUCUAUCUACUUGUUGACCUCAAAUUCAAUAGAUUUCAUCUGGGUUUUUGCAUUUUUUGCUGUUCUUGUUAUAUCUCUUACUUUAGCACUUCCACAUCUUCCUCAACCUAGAAUUUUCAGCACUCAAUCUCACCUACUUGAGGUUUCUGUAACUAAUCCAACCCAGAAAUCUUACCACCCAGUUGUUUGGUCAAUUGGGUCAAACCCAAAAUGGGAGAAAAGUAUGAAUUCAGGGUUUAGUGUAAAAGGGUUUAGUAAUAGAGAUGUUUAUGAAGGGGAAUUUCAUAAAGGAAAGUGUUCAGGAAGUGGGGUUUAUUACUAUUAUAUGUGUGGGAAAUAUGAAGGUGAGUGGGUAGAUGGGAAGUAUGAUGGAUAUGGUGUGGAAACAUGGGCAAAAGGGAGUAGAUAUAGAGGCCAAUAUAGGAAUGGAUUGAGGCAUGGAAUUGGGAUUUAUAAGUUUUAUACUGGUGAUGUUUAUCAAGGGGAAUGGUCUAAUGGCCAAUCUCAUGGUUGUGGAGUUUAUGCUUCUGAUGAUGGGAGUAAGUAUGUUGGAGAGUUUAAAUGGGGUGUUAAGCAUGGAUUUGGUCUCUACCAAUAUAGAAAUGGAGAUGUGUAUGCUGGUGAGUACUUUGCUGAUAAGAUGCAUGGCUUUGGAGUUUACAAGUUCGCCAAUGGACAUCAAUAUGAGGGAUCGUGGCACGAAGGCCGAAGGCAGGGACUUGGUGUUUACAGUUUUAGGCAAUGGGAGGCUCAAUCUGGUUACUGGCAAAAUGGGCAACUUGUUAAAGCUAGUUGUCAAACUCAACUGUCUGAAUCUCAUUUUGCAGUUUAUUCUUCCAAAGUUUCUACUGCUAUCCAGAAAGCAAGGCAAGCAUCUGAGAGAGCACAUAAUGUGAAAAAAGUAGAUGAUAGGGUGAACAAAGUUAUAGCAGCCGCUAACAGAGCAGCUAAUGCAGCACGUGUGGCAGCUGUGAAAGCUGUUCAAACGCGGAUGCAUGAAGGAAUCAGUAGUAAAGCACUUCUUCAAGAUGACUAAUUGACGAGCCAAACGUUUAAAUCUCAGGAGAAUCCUGAUUAAGAACCCUAUUUUCUAGAGGCUUUUUCUCGCUUUUAAGAGAUUGUCUAAUUUUCAUACCUCAAUCUUCCAUUCGAAGAGAGAAUGAGAGCCUUGCCUUUUACUACAAUCGGUAAAACGCAGGUAUAGAUGAUCGAGGAGUUCAAAUCAUAAGCUUUAUAGCUCAUCAAGUAAAAUGUACAUACCUGAAUAGUGAUGUUCUGGCAGUGGCACCGAAGGUGCUGAUGUUUAGGCCAUCAUUUUUGUAGUACUCAUUGUAUCUGGAACAGCAGCUAUAUAGUAUUAUUUGUCCA